AAGGCAUUGCCAUAGCCCAUACACAGUACAUUGGAUGUCUGGAUGUCGACUGAUAGAGCUGCGCUGGUGUUUGAUCUUAGUUAAAUUGUGUAGCGACGACGUCGACGGCGACAAAGAUUUGACUCUGAAAAAGCCAGGUCACUAUAGAAAGACUUCGACAUUCACCGGUGUCUAACGAUGGGUCAUUGGUCACUCAUCGCUUUGGUGGUCAGCUGUUGUGUCUCUGCAGUUCUGUCCGAUAUUCAAAACCAGCUAGACAAUGCUAUCAGAAUGCCAGAAGCAGAGCAAUCCAGCGCAUCAACACGGCCACCGUUUACUGAUAAAGCAAGACGAGCAAGGUACAUGGUCCAUAAGGCUAACUGGACAGUCAUAGCGACGUUCUCCACCAAGCCUGAGAUCCUGGGACGCUCUUUCCCAGCUUCCACUUCCAUCUCGGACGGUGCGCUUGGCAAAAGCUCCGGCACACCUUACUUCUACCUGGCGGAGAUCGACAGCACCAUGCAAGAUGUCGCCAAGAACCCCAACGUGACGUUGAGCUUCAGCGAGGCCGAGUUCAGCGAUGUCGCAGACUGUGCCGUUUCUUCUUCGUCUGAUCCAGAGAACCCUCUCUGUGCAAGGUUGAUGCUUUUCGGUAAACUGGUUCACGUUACUGACCCCAAGGAAAAUGCGUUUGCAAAGGAGGCCCUCUUCUCUCGUCACCCUCUCAUGCCCAGCUGGCCCAGCGGUCACAACUUUAGCUUCAAGAAACUGAUCAUCACCGACGUCUGGAUCUUAGACUUCUACGGUGGAGGAUCAUCUCUUUCGGUUGAAGACUACUACAAAGCUACACCAUAAUCAUAGCUCAACACCAA